AUGGACAUGUUCCAGUGGGAGGUCGGAGCCGCCGUGGCCCAGGAGCUCUUCCCAGGGCGUGGAGCCAAUGCGGUGAAGAUGGUGCUGGCACAGAGCAAGCAAGGGAGGCCUCCAGCCGCCACCCACACGGCAUGUUGCCGCUCCUCGGUCGCACUCUUCCCACCCCCUACCGAGGCCUGGCUGCAAAGCCUUUCCAGGGACCCUGAGGCCCAGGGCUGGGGAGCCUGGAAGCCCCCUCUGGGGUCAGGGGGUGGGGACAGGAGGGAGGAGGAGCCAGGGGAAGCAGAGGAAGACCAGGAAGAUGAAAAGGGGGGCUCCCUCCUGUCUCUCCGGGGCCGGGAGGACCUGGCUGAGCGCCCCAUGCCUGACCCGGAGCUAGAGGCCGUCAAACUGAAGCUGUGGGCCAUGGAGCAGACCCAAGGGCCGGAGACGCCCGGGGAGCGAGAAGUAAGCCAUGAACGUGAGGUGCCUGCCCUUAGCACCUGCCUGGAGCCGCCUGCCUGCAGUGAGACCCCUAUCCUGAGGCCCCUCUCUGUAGGUUGCCUGUGCCCCGGGACCCCCAUGGAGAAGGUGGAGUUGGACCACAGAUCUGUCUAUGCAAGCAAUGUGGACUAUGGGGGCACAGCAGAGGAGCUGGUAGCCUACUUCAGCCCCCGCGAGGAGGUCCACGGGAUCACCAUCCUGUGCACCAAGUUCUCCGGACACCCCAAGGGCUAUGCACACAUAGAGUUGGCCACCAAGAUAGCCCAGGCCGCCGUGGGGCUGGAUGAGACCAUCGUCCCCGGCCGAGUCAUCAAGGUGCUGCCCAAAAGGACCAGUUUGCCGGGGAUCCGCUCCACGGACCGCGGGGGCUUCCGAGGACAGCCGGGCGCGGGAGGUGGGCUCUUCCCGCGCAGCGGCGUCCGGGCGGAACCCGCUUCAGAUCGCGAAGGCGGAACCGGGGCGGUGGAAGCUCCCUCCGUGGUGUCCGGGGUGCGGAAGGGCGGGUGCGGUUUUGAGUGCAGCCGCGGUGGGUCGGGGGUCCACAGCUGCGCUCCCUGCGGGACUCACUCCGCGGCGCCCCAGCCCGAGCCAUAG